UGUGAAUGGGUGUAGCUCUGUUACGUUGCACAUUUCAUCCUCAUUCCCGUGCGAGUGUGUCAUUAUCAGAAACACCCGAUUCAAUGUAGUAAUAUCGAUGACAGUUCUUCGGCUGUUGUGUUGUGGAUGAAGUUAUCAGUGCAACAAAAACAGGGAGACUUAGUGAUAUGGACAGUUAGUAGGUUAAGGAACAAAGAGAAAGCAUCGAGAAACAACGCGUUUGUGGAUAGCCGUUGUGUCAAAGAGCUCCUUGUCAACUACGUGAUCCAGCCAAAUGCCGUGGACGAAAAUGCUGAUGGCAACACUUCGCAGAAAUAUUAUUUGAAUACGUAUCGCUUCUCGUAAUUGCCGGUGUAAAUAAUAGAGGAUAAAUCAAUAGACAGCUACGAUGCUAACGAGCUCUUCAACGCACACAAAUCCAAGAUGAGAUGCAACCUCACAUCUCUUCUCGUACUACUUAAUUCAAGAACUACCUGAUACCUGAAUCUCGCAGUACUAAAUCCAAUGAAUCUCAAUCAGAACUGAAAAGGAAUAUUAAAAUGGCAGGAACUCUCGGAAUAUUUUUGCUCCUUCUCAAGAAGAACUUUUUGGUUCGCAAAAAGCGCUGGGUUCAAUCCUUGGUCGCCCAAAUACUGAUCCCCAUAGCUCUCUUUCUAAUCGGCCAAACAGUCCGAUUGAUGACUGAUAAUUCAGCUAAAUUUAUCAAUACAACUACCUACUAUGAGAUUGAAUCUAAACAAGAGCUCUUGGGUAUGAUUCAUAGAGACACAACAGUUCGUUUUACACCAGAGAACAGUGCAACGAUUGAUCUGAUGCACUACACCCGUACGUGCUUGCAGCUUCCAGAGUCCAAUGUAAAUGGUGCUCUCACUGAGGAGACUAUGAUAAAAGAUUUAACCAAGGAUCAAGUGGCUAACAAGGAUCAUGUUGAUGCACUGGGUGUUGUUUUUGAGACUGUUGUCAACAAUUCGAUUCCAAAUAAUUUUAAAUACAAGAUUAGAAUGGGCAGCGACCUCAAAAGAGAUCUGUACGAUCCGGAGGAGAAUGGGAACCUUGCUGAUCACAUUCUAAUGGGAUCGCCCAUAGUUCCAUUGCAAUUGUGCUUAGACGAAGCCUUCAUCAACUGGGUGGCCUCUACAAGUACAUCGAAAGUCAAAAAAUAUAAACCUGAAAUAUCAAUUCAGAAAAUGCCUUAUCCACCCUACACUAGGGUCGAUAGAGGAACUGCUAUUGGGGGAGACACUUUUGCAGAGAUUAUAAGAUUUAUUUUUCUCAUUAUUCUCUGCAUUGAGAUCUCAUUCCCGGCAAAUGAAAAAUAUAUUGGAAUCAAUAUUCUGAUGUCUGUAAACGGAGUGAGUACAAAAAUGAAUCUCUUCAGCUGGUUAACGAGUGGGGCGAUUUUUAGCACCUGCUACUUGGCUCCAAUUGUGCUGAUUAUGAAGCAUUUUAUGCCACCGCAAGUUGUUCCAUUUUUGACGUAUGGCAAUCCGUUCAUCGUGUGGCUGGUAUUGUUUAUUCACUGCUGGCAUGUGCUCGCAUUUGGAUAUCAUCUGUCAUCAUAUUUUUGGAAACCAUCCCACGGAAUAUUUGCCACCUUCAUGUUCCUGGUAAUCCUGAAUAAUAUCGCCCGUUUUGCCACCGGUCUGGCGUUCCGCCACUUUCUACUCUACGUGGGUGUAAUUUGCCCUAACAUCCUCCUAAAACGAAUGUUCGAAGAAAUAACAGUCUAUGAGAGUAAACUCAUCGGUACGAAAUGGUCCAACAUGUUCGUAACCGGUACCCUAGAUGCUCCCGGUGAAGGUAGUAUCGGAGUAAUGUUGAUUUUCUCCAUCAUCGGCAUUCUCUUCAAUUUCUACAUGGCCGUCUAUAUCUAUGCAGUGCGUCCUGGUAAAUACGGAGUCAGUCAAAAUCCCCUGUUCUUUUUCCAAAAGCAUCACAAAGUCGAAGACGACGAGAAUAAAAUAGACUUUGAAAAGACUAAAAUUAUAAAGCGAGAAUUUGAAAAUGUCCCCGAGGGAGGUCUAGAGCCAGGAAUAAGACUCAGAGGAUUGAAGAAAGUGUACUCAACAAGUUGGUUCAGGCAAUCAAUGGUCUAUGCAUUGAAAGGAGUUUCAAUGGACUUCUACAAAGGCCAGAUAACAGCUCUGCUGGGUCACAAUGGUGCCGGAAAAACCACAAUGAUGUCUAUUCUCUCAGGUCUUACUAGCUUAUCCGAAGGUAUAGUCUUCAUAGACGGCAAGAAUAUCAAACGAGACCCUGACGCUAUAAAAAACAACAUCGGUUUAUGUCCCCAAGAGAACAUGGUUUUCCCGGAUCUAACAGUCUAUCAGCAGCUCAGUUUCUUUGGAACCCUCAAAGCAGGGAAGAAGAGUAAGCAAGAGCUGGAAGAAGAAAUUGAAAUUCUAUUGGAUAAAGUCAACCUCGAAGAAAAACGUAAUUUUAUUCCGAAGCAGCUGUCAGGAGGCCAGAAGAGACGACUUUGCCUUGCCAUGGCUGUAAUAGGUGACGCCAGUGUCUUGAUCCUGGACGAACCGACCUCUGGAAUGGAUGCAGAGAGUAAACGAGAAGUCUGGGACAUUGUUCUCAAAAUGAGGGGUGAGAAAACGAUAAUAAUAAGCACACAUGACAUGGAAGAGGCUGAUAUCCUUGGAGACAGAAUAGCAAUUAUGCACACAGGAAGAUUAAAAAGUUAUGGAACUUCAAUGUUUCUGAAGAAGUUGUAUGGGGAUGGUCAAGUGGAAGUGACAUUAUCCGUAAAACCGUGGUGUGAUUCGUCGAAGGUCAUUCAGGAGAUAGAAAUUCCAUCAGAAUUACUGAACCAAGAUGAGGGAAAAAUGGUGUUUGCUAUUCCUAUGACAGAGUCAUUGCCAGAAACCCUGGAUAAGCUGGAGUCCCUGAAACAGAAGCUGGGAAUUACAGGAAUGAGUGUCUCGAUAAUAACUCUGGAGCAAGUAUUUUUGAGAGUAACUAGAGAGGACACUGAUGACGUGGAUUCUAAUGAUCCAAUUCGAUCUACACACAAAGUAACAGGUUUCUCAUACUUUACACAGUGCUUCAAAGCCUUUAUGAUAAAGAAAAUUAUAUUUAUGAGAAAGAAUCCGUGGACCUGUUGGUUGAGCUUGUUGAUGCCUUGCUUGUCGUGCACAAUGAUGUUGAUGGCAUACGGAGAGAAAGGACCUCGUGAUAGUCCCACUCCGCUGACCCUUGAUGCCUACGGCUAUCCUAGAGCCUUCGUCAAAUCAUCAAAUCCAUACUUGGCACACAUGUAUGCAACUGGAAUCAGGGAAUUUGGCGGAAAAACUGACAUAAUUGAGACAGACUCUAAGUUAACGGUGUCUGAUGCCUUGCUACAAGCAUCUUUCAGAGACAUUGGCAUCUACAGAAAUCGAUACAUCACCUCAACUGAAUUUAACAGAACCGGUGACAUCAUGAAGGCCAAUGGAUUCUACUCAGGCACAGCAUAUUUGGGAAUCCCUAUAGCCUUGAAUGCUAUUUCAAAUGCUAUUGUAAAAGCCAUGACUGAUGACGAGUCUUACAGGAUUCAAGUGUCAGCCCAACAGCUUCCAUCGUCCUGGGCGAUUGCCAAAACAGAUGGUGUUGAUGGACCGAUGAUAACUCUAGCCAUCAUUGUAUUCCUCGCACCAGCCAUUGGACUUUACGUCACUCAACCUCUCCUGGAAGCUCGCUCUGGGGUUAAACAGUUGCAAAACAUGACUGGAGCCUCGAAAAUUGCGUACUGGGGUUCCAUGUUUUUGUUUGAUAUGUCACAGUACAUCAUAUCAAGCUUACUGUUGCUUGCCACGUUCAUAUUGGUCGAUAUAUCAUUAGGAACUCACUUCUAUCGAGGAACCGAGAUUUUUGUGUUCUUAUUGUUGAUGGUACUGUUUGGAAUGAGUAUGCUACCAUUUGUAUACAUGGCUAGCUUUCUCAAGAAGACGUUGAAUGCCACGAUAAACGUCUUGAGUGUUGCACCACUGAUACUUGGAUUCGUCGAGAUGAUUCUCGUCGCUGUGACAUUUGCCUGGGAUAACAAUGUUUUCAAGAUGUUCAGGAAGGUACAGAGCAGACUCUUCCAACUGUUUCCGUAUCUGAGCUUCACCUAUGGGCACGUAUCUUUCUUUGGAGUGGUCUCCAGGAAUGCAAGAUGCAGGAGAAUGAGUAGUGAAUUGAUUGAAGUGGCGUGCAUCAGUAUCGACGAGUGCUGCGAGGCCGAGUGUUCCAACGGUGAUUGCAAAAAUCCAUUCCCCUAUUUUGUUGACAGCCCCUUCGAGGAAGUCCCAAGUCUCAGCACUAGUAUGUAUUAUAUGGCUGGCUCGUUCUUCUUGUUCUUCGCUAUUGUUUUUGUGAUUGAACUGCAGUUUGUUGAGAGGCUCACUAUGAAGAUGAGAAGAAGAAAAUCGUGGAAGGCCAAUACUAUGGGAAUAGACGAGUUGGUGAUGAAGGAAAAGGCGGUGGUUGCUGAUGAGAUUAAUAAGAAGAUUAAUGGAAUCUUUGAGGACGAUAAUGAAAAUGUGUUUCUUGUUCAUAAUGUGAGAAAAAAUUAUGGAGCACUUGAGGUGGUCAAGGGAAUCAGUUUCAGGGUGAAAGAGGGAGAGUGCUUUGGUUUGCUUGGGGUCAAUGGAGCUGGUAAGAGUACGACAUUCAGAAUGCUGACUGGGGAGGAAUUGCCCAACGGCGGACAGAUGUGGCUGAAGGAUUUUGAUAUAGAAAAUAGUCGGAUUAAAUACCUGGAGGAAAUGGGUUACUGUCCCCAGCAGGAUGCAAUUAUUGAGACUCUCAAUAGUUGGGAUCAUUUGUACUUAUUCGCCAGACUUAGGGGUGUUCCGUGGGAUCAGGUACAUGAUGUAGUUAAGAAAUGGAUUGGCAAACUUAAUCUUACUGCGUGCGCUGCACAACCCAGUGGCACUUACAGCGGUGGAAAUAAGAGGCGAUUGAAUAUUGCAAUAGCACUCAUUGGUAAUCCGUCUUUGGUCCUGAUGGACGAACCGACAACUGGCGUGGAUCCAGCAGCUAGAAGAUCAUUGUGGAAUACUUUAAAAAUCUGUCAGGACUCGGGACAGUCAAUUAUCCUCACUUCACACAGUAUGGAGGAGUGCGAGGUACUGUGUAAUCGACUCGUUAUUAUGGUGAAAGGUCAGCUGGUUUGUGUUGGUGCUAGUCAAGAAUUGAAACAACGCUUCGGCGCUGGUUACAAUAUUCACGUGAAACUAUCACCCAAUCGAAACUAUAGCGAUGUGGAACAUAUUAAGAGGAGAAUUGAAACCCACUUGGAGUGUAAAUUGACUGACGAAAAUUCGGGAUUUCUCGGGUAUCAUGUCAUUGAUCCACAGGCCACUUGGACUAUCAUGUAUACGAUGCUGAAUGAGUUGAAGAGUGACUAUAGUUGUAUUGAAGAUUUCGCUGUACUCUCUUCGACGCUGGAGCAGCUGUUCAUCCAAUUUGCCAGAGCACCUGAUGAUGCUCUUCAAAAUAACGGAAACGUGCCGAAGAAGUGGUGGCAGAAGAGCACUCGAGGAGCGCCUGAGAUAACCACCAUGAAUGAAACACUGAGAAUAUUUCUCACUGUUCUCAAGAAGGCAUUUCAAGUGCGUAAAAAAUGCUGGAUCCGUACCAUCAUUGUUCAAAUACUGCUACCAAUCGGUUUCUUUCUUAUCGCACAGACUGUCAGAUUAUUAAGCGAUAAUUCAGCGAAAGAAAUUAAUUAUACGACAUAUUAUGAAAUUCAAUCAAGACAAAAUAUUCUCUUUAAUUCUUUCGGGCUGAAUGUGCUUCGUUUUACGCCGAAUACAAGUGCAGCAAUGAAUUUGAUAACGAACACGAAACAGUGCCUAGGCAAUAAACAGCUUAUCUUGCAUGGAGCUACAGACGAAGAUACAAUGGUGAAGGAUCUUACCUGGGACAAAAUUGGAAAUUCUACUGCCACAUCUUUGGGAAUUGUUUUUGAAACGACUAUUGAUGAUUCCAUACCCACUAAUUUCAAGUACAAAUUCAGAACCGAUUUUGGCCUGCAGGACAAUUUGUAUGAUGUAGAGGAGAAUGGAAACAUGGCUAAUUAUUUCAUGUCUCCUGCGGUACCCGUUCAACUGUGUCUGGACGAGGCAUACGUCAACUGGACUUCACAGAAAAUGUCCUCAGCACCUGUGGCGCCCAUCGCAAACAUCUCAAUCCAGCAAAUGCCCUAUCCACCGUACACGAAGGUUGACAGAGGAACGGCGGUUGGAGGAAAAAUUUUCGCCGAGAUGAUUAAAUUCCUAUUCCUGAUCAUUCUCUGUGUCGAGAUUGUAUAUCCUGCUAACGAAAAAUAUGUUGGAAUCAAUAUUCUCAUGUCUGUCAAUGGAGUUACGGCGAAGCUGAAUCUCUUCAGUUGGUUCACAAGUGCAGCGGUGCUCAGUACUUUCUACCUCACCCCCAUUGUGCUGAUCAUGAGGCACUUCAUGCCACCAGAUGUUAUUCCAUUCUUGACCUUUGGAAGCCCGCUUAUUGUUUGGAUCGCGUUAUUUCUUAACUUCUGCCACAUGCUCUCUUUUGGAUAUCAUUUGUCAUCGUAUUUCUGGAAACCAUCAAAUGGCAUCUUUGCUACCUUUACAUUCCUCGCUAUAUUAAAUAAUAUUGCCAAUUUUGCUACCUCUGCUGCCGCACGCCACGUUUUCCUGUACAUUGGUUUCAUAUGUCCUUCGACGAUCCUGCAAAGAAUGUUCGACGAAAUAACAGUUUACGAAAGUCAACUUGUUGGCAUCAACUGGUCAAACAUGUUUUUACUUGGGUCCGUGGAUGCCCCAGCCGAAGGAAGUCUCGGAGUGAUGUUGAUCUUCUCCAUCAUCGGUAUCCUCUUUAAUUUUUACAUGACUCUCUACAUUAAUACCAUGUGGCCAGGUAAAUACGGAGUGAGUCGCAACCCGUUCUCCUGUCGGCGAAAUGAGAGCAAGAUUCACCACGACGAGGAUCAAAUAGACUUUGAAAAAACGAAUAGUAGCGGAAAAGAGUUCGAGAAUAUCCCUGAGGGGACUUUCGAGCCAGGAAUAAGAAUCAGAGGAUUAAAAAAGGUCUAUACAAAGGGUUUAUUUAAAUCAUCUGAAGUGCAUGCACUGAAAGGAGUCUCAAUGGAUUUUUACAAGAAACAGAUAACAGUUCUACUUGGUCACAACGGCGCUGGUAAAACAACGAUGAUGUCUAUUCUAUCAGGAUUAACAGAUUUAACGGGGGGAGUGAUACUCAUAGAUGGUAAAAACAUCCAGCGGGACCCAUCCAGCAUAAAAAACAACAUCGGCCUCUGCCCACAGGCAAAUAUGGUAUUUUCCGAAUUGACAGUCUAUCAACACCUCUUCUUCUUCGGAACUUUGAAAGCCCGUAACAAAACGAAGGACGAAUUGAAUUUAGCAAUUGAUAUUUUAUUAGAUAAAGUGAAUUUAACCGAGAAACGCAAUUUCAUACCGAAGCAGUUAUCAGGCGGUCAAAAGAGAAGAUUGUGCCUUGCUAUGGCUGUUAUCGGCGAUGGAAAUGUUCUCAUACUGGAUGAACCGACCUCUGGAAUGGAUGCAGAGAGUAAACGCGAGGUUUGGGAUAUUGUCCUCAAAAUGAGAGGUGAGAAGACGAUACUCAUAAGUACUCACGAUAUGGAGGAGGCUGAUAUUCUUGGUGAUAGAGUGGCUAUAAUGCACACAGGGAGAUUAAAAAGUUACGGCACAUCAAUGUUUCUGAAGAAGUUCUAUGGAGAUGGUCAAGUGGAAGUGACAUUGUCUGUCGAGCCCUGGUGUGAACCUUCGAAAAUUAUUCGAGAAAUCGAAAUACCUGCUGAAUUACUAAACCAUGACGAGGGUAAAAUUGUUCUGGCUAUUCCUCAGGUGAAAAGGUUGCCAGAGGCUCUGGAUCAUCUGGAAUCAUCGCGAAAGGAUUUGGGUAUCACUGGAAUGAGUGUCUCAAUAAUAACAUUGGAGCAAGUUUUCUUGAGAGUAACCAGGAAUGAUGAUGAUGUAGUCGAAACUAGAGAGCGCAUUGAUUAUCCGGAGAGGACAACAGGUCUAGACUAUUUCUGUCAGUGUUUUUUUGCAUUUACUCUGAAGAAGUUCACGACAACACGGAAAAAAAUUUUUCGAUUCUGGCUGAGUUUGCUGUUACCCUGUUUAGCAUGUACUGUAAUGCUGACAGCAUUUGGAAACAAACUAACACAAGGAAUACCAAUUACAUUGACACUGGCGUCUUACGACUCCCCAUUAGCUUUCAUUAAAUCAAUUGAUGAUGAUUUUGGUAGAAUGUACGCAAAGAGUGUCAGUCAAAUGGGAGGAAGUGCAAACAUAAUUGAGUCGAACUCAACCAUGAGUGUGACGAAUGCUCUGUUGGGUGUAGCUCACGAUGACAUCGGAAUCUAUCGGAAUAGAUACAUUGUCUCUGCUGAGGUUAACCAAACACAAUUGGGUGUGAAUGUCAAUGGAUUUUACUCAGGAACUGCAUACCUGGGCAUUCCAUUGACGUUGAAUACCCUGUCAAACGCGAUGCUGAAGACUGUGACCAAAGAUCAUUCCCACAGUAUUGAAGCAUCGAUCCAGCAAAUUCCAUCCUCCUGGGCGAUUCAGCAGAGAGAGAUAGCUGAUGGUUGGAUGAUCACAGUUGCUAUUAUUGUUUACAUAGCACCAGCCAUUGGUUUACAUGUCGCUCAGCCUCUCAAUGAAGCUCUUUCUGGGAUAAAACAGCUGCAAAAUAUGACUGGAGCUUCGAAAUUGGCUUACUGGAUCUGCAUGUUUGUCUUUGAUUACAUUCAAUACAUAAUAUCGACUUUAGUGCUUCUGGGUUCAUUGAUCCUCGUCGAUCAGUCGUUGGACAUGAAAUUCUACGGUGAGACCGAAAUCCUUGUGUUUAUGGAGCUGAUGAUAUUGUUCGGAUUGAGCAUGCUACCGUUUAUUUAUUGCAUCAGCUUUCUCAAGAAAUCAUUGAAUAGCACUAUGAUUUUCCAGGGUCUCGCUCCCUCAAUUCUAGGACUAAUGGAAAUGAUUCUCACGAUGGUUGAAGUGAGUUGGAAAAAUGAAAUAUUCAAGGACUUCAGGAUGGUGCAGAGUAAAAUCUUUCAGCUAUUUCCUUUUGUAAGUUUCAUGUAUGGACAUGCAACGUAUUUUACUGUGGUAUCGCAAAAUGCCAGGUGCCGACGAAUGGCAGAUGAGUUUAUCGCUGUUUCCUGUAUAAUUAAAGAUCCGUGCUGUGACAGACAGUGCACCAAUGGUGACUGCAAAAAUCCAUUCUCCUAUUUCGAUAGACAACCACCGAACAGUGCACCCAAUCUUUCUACGAGUAUGAUAUACCUUGCUGGAUCAUGCGUAUUAUUUUCCCUGUUAAUUUUCAUAAUGGAACAGCAACUUCUUCAGAGAGUUGUCAGGAAAAUUGCAGGGAACAAAGUGCAUAAGACUGACACUGUAAUGGAUGAAUUGGUGAUGAGGGAAAAAACAAUUGUCGCCGAUGAAGUUCGGAAAAAAAUUAAUAACAUUCCCAAUGAUGAGAACGAGAAUGUUUUCUUAGCUCACGAUCUAAGAAAGAAGUAUGGAAAACUUGAAGUGGUAAAGGGCAUUAGUUUCAGGGUGAGAGAGGGCGAGUGUUUUGGACUGCUUGGGGUGAAUGGGGCGGGAAAGAGUACGACAUUUAGAAUGCUGACUGGGGAGGAACGAUCGGACGGUGGCCAGAUGUGGCUGAAAAAAUUCAAUAUUGAUGAUAAUCGGUUGGAAUAUGUGCGAGAAAUGGGUUAUUGUCCCCAGCAGGAUGCUAUCAUAGGGAGCCUGAAUACCUGGGAUCAUUUGUACUUAUUCGCAAAACUUCGAGGUAUUCCGCCGAGUCAAGUACAUGAUGUCGUUGAAAAAUGGAUCCGAAAGCUCAAUCUUACUGCCUGCGCUAGUCAACCCAGUAGCACGUACAGCGGAGGAAAUAAAAGACGAUUGAAUAUCGCAAUUGCGCUCAUUGGUAAUCCAUCAUUAGUUCUGAUGGAUGAACCAACGACUGGUGUGGAUCCGGCAGCUAGAAGAUCACUCUGGAAUACUCUGAAAGCCUGCCAGGACUCUGGACAAUCAUUCAUCCUCACUUCACACAGUAUGGAAGAGUGCGAGGUUCUGUGCAAUCGACUCGUUAUUAUGGUGAAGGGUCAGCUAGUUUGCGUUGGUGCUAGUGAACAAUUGAAACAACGCUUUGGCGCUGGGUACAACAUCCACGUGAAACUCAUUCCCAGUCGUAAUUAUGCAGACGUGGAGAGCAUUAAGAAGAAAAUUGAGAGCAAUUUGACAUGUACAUUAACCGAUGAAAACUCUGGUUUUCUCAACUUCCAUGUGACAGACGCCAAAGCCACUUGGACGCUGAUGUAUUCAUUACUGAAUGAGUUGAAAAAUAAUUACAGUUGUAUCGAAGACUUUGCAGUUCUCUCUUCAACACUCGAACAGUUGUUCAUUCAAUUUGCUCGGGCACCUGAUAAUGGGCAAGUCAACAAUGGAUAUGUGCGUGAGGAACAGCAACAAAGAAACAACGGAGGUGCUCCUGUUAAUUCAACAAUGGCCGAAACAAUGAGAAUAUUUUUCAUUCUCUUGAAGAAAAAUUUUCAUGUCCGCACGAAAUGUUGGUUUCGAACUAUCGUAGUGCAAUUGAUAAUUCCAAUUGGUUUGUUCCUCAUGGGACAAACAGUCGGUCUAUUCACAACCCGACCAGCCCAGUAUGAGAACACCACAACCCACUAUCCAGUGCAAUCUAAACAAUACAUUCUGUUACCGGCAUAUGGGCUGGCCGUGCUUCGUUUCACACCGGAGACAAAUGCGACAACAAAUUUAGUGAAAUACACGCGAGAGUGUCUAUGGCAGCAGAAGCUGAAUGUCAGUGGUGCUGUCGAUGAGAAAACUAUGGUAAAAUCUCUCACCAAGGACCAGGUUGGGGAUUAUUUUGGGAGGUCGGUCGGCAUUGUCUUUGAGACUGUUGGUGGUGAGGGUGAUCCUGCACCAGCUCAUUUCAAAUACAAAAUCAGAACCAACAGGAAAGUGGAGGAAAUACUGUACGACCCUGAGGAGAAUGGCGACAUGGCGAAUAUGCUUGGCAGAUCUGUCAUCGUGCCCUUGCAGCUUUGUCUUGAUGAAGCCUAUAUUAACUGGGUAUCAUCAAAUUUCUCAGAGCUCAGAAGAAACAAAGCCGAUAUCACAAUCCAGCAAAUGCCUUAUCCCCCCUACAUGAGAGUAAUUCCGGGUGCAGAGAUUACGGGACAGAUUUUUUCAGCAAUAAUACAAUUCAUUUUUUUAAUUAUUCUGUGCAUUGAGAUCGCUUAUCCCGCGAGUGAAAAACACAUUGGAAUUAAUAUUCUAAUGUCUGUCAAUGGAGUCACUUCGAAGAUGAAUCUCUUCAGCUGGUUCACGAGUGCAGCGUUAUUCAGCAUUUUGUACCUCGUCCCUUUUGUCAUCAUUAUGGAACAUUUUGCACCGCGUUAUAUGGUUUCGUUUUUAACCCACGGGAAUCCCUUUAUUACAUGGAUGAUGCUAUUCUUCAAUUUUUGCCAUGUGCUCAGUUUUGGUUACCAUUUGUCAUCGUAUUUUUGGAAACCAUCAAAAGCCAUCCUCGCAACGUUUAUGCUUCUUGUCAUCCUGAACAAUGUUACAGCCUUUACUACCGUCACCUCCACUCGACGAUUCCUCUUGUACAUUGGUUUGAUCUGCCCUAGUAUCCUUUUUCAAAGGAUGUUUGAAGAAAUAAUCAUGCGAGAGAGACAACUCAUCGGGAUCCACUGGUCCAAUAUGUUCUCCAUCGGUUCAGAAAACGCACCAGCAGAGGGAAGCGUUGGAGUGAUGUUGAUCUUCACCCUCAUCGGCAUUGUCCUGAAUUUUUACUUAGCUGUAUUCAUUCACAGAGUCCUUCCAGGUAAAUAUGGAGUGAGCAAAAAUCCAUUCGCAUGUUUCCGAAAAAAGGACGAUUUUUCGUACAAUGGCAAUACAAUUGACUUUGAAGAAACAAAUAACGUGGGUAAAGAAUUUGAAAAAAAUUCUCAAGGGACGUCUGAGCCAGGAAUAAGAAUUAGGGGAUUGAAAAAAAUAUAUACAAAAGGUUUAUUCAAAACAUCUAAAGUCGAGGCCCUCAAAGGAGUCUCAAUGGACUUUUAUAAAGGUCAAAUAACAGCUCUCCUCGGCCACAAUGGCGCUGGGAAAACAACGAUGAUGUCUAUUCUAUCAGGAUUAACAGAUUUAACAGAGGGUGUAAUCCUGAUAGACGGUAAAAACAUUCAACGAGAUCCAUCCGGCAUAAAGAAUAACAUUGGCCUGUGUCCACAGGAGAACAUGGUCUUUCCAGAAUUGACAGUCUUUCAACAUCUCUUGUUUUUCGGAACUUUGAAAGCCCGUGAUAAAUCCAAAUGCGCCUUAGAAUCCGAUAUUGAAAUUUUAUUGAAUAAAGUAAAUCUAACCGACAAACGGAAUGUCAUUCCUAAACAAUUAUCAGGCGGUCAGAAAAGACGAUUGUGUCUUGCUAUGGCUAUUAUCGGUGAUGGAAACGUUGUGAUACUGGACGAGCCGACCUCUGGAAUGGAUGCACAGAGUAAACGCGAGGUUUGGGAUAUUGUUCUCAAAAUGAGGGGUGAAAAGACGAUAAUCAUAAGUACCCACGACAUGGAGGAGGCUAAUAUCCUUGGAGAUAGAAUAGCGAUAAUGCAUACAGGUAGACUGAAGAGCUAUGGAACGUCAAUGUUCCUGAAAAAGUUAUACGGAAAUGGUCAGGUAGAAGUUACCCUUUCUGUCGAGCCCUGGUGUGAUCUCUUUCGAGUUAUUCAAGAAAUCAAAGUAUCAGCAGAAAUAUUGAACCAAGGCGAGGGUAAAGUAGUUCUAGCAAUUCCCCAGGUGGAAUCAUUGCCCGAGGCUCUGGAUCAUCUGGAGUCCUCGCAAAAGGAUUUGGGCAUCACUGGGAUGAGUGUUUCAAUGAUUACAUUGGAGCAAGUGUUUCUGAGAGUAAGUAGGGACGACGUCGAUGCAGUUGAGUUGAGGGACCAAUAUGAAUGUUGGACGAAGGUCGUUGGUCUGAAGUAUUUCCUCCAAUGCUUUUCCGCCUUUCUCCGGAAGAAAUUUACAUCAGCACAGAAGAAUCUCUGGACAUUCUGGUUGAGCUUAUUAUUGCCCUGUUUGGCAUCUACAGCAAUGUUGGCGGUCAUUGGGGCAACUCCAGGACAUGACACACCAGUAGCAUUAAGUCUGAGCUCUUAUAACUCUCCCGCAGCUUUUGUAAAGUCUUCAGACACUGAUUUGGGUCUUACCUACACGAACACUAUUAAUCAAUUCGGUGGAAAAGUGGAGACCAUUCCAGAGAACUCAACUACGACUGUCACUGAUGCCUUAUUAAAAGUAGCCUAUCAUGACGUUAAUGUGUACAAAAAUAGAUACAUAGUCUCUGCGGAGUUUAAGCAAAACGGUUCUAAGAUGACAGCCAAUGGAUUUUACUCGGGGACUGCAUACAGAGGAAUUCCCGUAACAUUGAAUGUACUCUCGAAUGUUUUUCUGAAAGCUCUUACCAAAAACGAGAGCUAUCGAAUUGAAACUUCGGCGCAGCAGAUUCCCCUGCCCUGGGCCAUUGUGCAACGAGAAGAAUCUGAUGGGUGGAUCAUUACUAUGGCUAUUAUGAUAUGUAUAACACCAGCAAUCGCUUUGUAUGUAACUCAGCCCCUCGAUGAAGCUCGCUCUGGAGUAAAACAGCUACAACUCAUGACAGGAGCUUCGAAAUUUGGCUACUGGGCCUCCAUGUUUCUCUUUGAUUUCUUCCAGUACAUAAUAUCCUGUCUACUGCUUCUAUCUUUAUUCAUUAUAGUCGAUAAGUCGUUAGGAACGAAAUUCUACGGUUCAACGGAAAUUAUCAUAUUUAUGGAGCUGAUGCUGCUUCUAGGAUUGAGUAUGCUACCAUUCGUUUAUUGUAUGAGCUUCUUGAAGAAAUCAUUAACAGCUGCAAUAAUAAUGCAGUUGAUUGCUCCCGCAGUUCUGGGAUUGACCGAUUUGGUACUUAUUCUCACUGCAAUGACUUUGGGGAGUGAUAGUUUCCAGGGUUUUAGAGAUGCGAUCAGUGGCAUCCUGCAACUGUUCCCUCUUUUGAGUUUCCUAUAUGGACAGUUAUCAUUUUUCACAGUGGUGUCGAAAAAUGCCAGAUGUCGAAGGAUGACUGACGAAUUCAUCAAUGUUUUGUGCACUAUCAAGGAUCCUUGCUGUGAUCGGCAGUGCAGCGGUGGUGAAUGCAAAGAUCCAUUUCCUUAUUUCGAUGAGAAUUCUAAUAAACUUCUUCGGAGUCUGUCCCCGAGUUUGGUGUACCUUUUGGGCUCAUUUCUUCUGUUCUCUAUGAUUAUUGUAGUAAUUGAACAGCGGAUUCUCCAGAGAAUCAUCAUGAUGUUCAGGAAAAAUGAAUCGCAGAAGGUUAAUACCGUAGAAAUGGAUGAAUUGGUAGUCAAGGAGGAGGCAGUCGUUUCUGAUGAUAUAAGGAAGAAAAUUGCGGGAAUUCCUGAUGAUGGAAAUGAGAACAUAUUCCUAGUCAGUGAUUUGAGGAAGAGAUAUGGAGGGCUUCACGUUGUGAGAGGAAUCAGUUUCAGGGUGAAGGAGGGUGAAUGCUUCGGAUUGCUCGGGGUGAAUGGGGCAGGAAAAAGUACAACGUUUAGAAUGCUAAUUGGCGAGGAAUCGGGUAAUGGUGGUCAAAUGUGGUUGAAGAAUUUCAGUAUUGAGAAUAAUCGGGCGAAGUAUCUCCAGGAAAUGGGUUAUUGCCCCCAACAAGAUGCCAUUAUGGGGGCUCUGAACUCUUGGGAUCAUUUGUACUUAUUCGCACGGCUUCGGGGUGUCCCAGAGGAUCAAGUGCACAACGUUGUUGAUAAAUGGAUUAGGAAACUCAAUCUGACAGCGUGCGCUGAACAAGCCAGUAGCACGUACAGUGGAGGAAAUAAAAGACGAUUGAAUAUUGCAAUUGCACUCAUUGGUAAUCCAUCAUUAGUUCUGAUGGAUGAACCAACGACUGGUGUGGAUCCGGCAGCUAGAAGAUCACUCUGGAAUACUCUGAAAACAUGUCAAGACUCUGGACAAUCAUUCAUUCUCACUUCACACAGUAUGGAGGAGUGCGAGGUACUGUGCAAUCGACUCGUUAUUAUGGUGAAAGGUCAGUUAGUUUGCGUUGGUGCCAGUCAAGAAUUGAAACAACGCUUCGGCGCUGGGUACAAUAUUCACGUAAAACUCUUCCCCAGUUGCAAUUACGCAGACGUGGAGACCAUUAAAAGAAAAAUUCAUGAGAAAUUGACGUGUAAAUUAACGGAUGAAAAUCCAGGUUUACUCAAUUACCAUGUCACAGAUUCCAAGGCCACUUGGACGCUUAUGUACGCACUGCUGAAUGAGUUAAAAAAUAAUUACAGCUCUAUCGAAGAUUUCGCUGUUCUUUCAUCAACACUUGAGCAAUUGUUCAUCCAGUUUGCAAGAGCAUCUGAUGAUGAACAACGGACGGAUGAUGAAGUGUCUCUAGGACUGGAGAACAACAGCGUGGGGGCCUAUGUUUAACACUUCUUAUACUCAAAAGUGAGUAAAUUGAUGGGCUUUUCCAUUAUUAUUUAGUUGUGUCAUUGUAUUGAAUCGUGGUAUUUGUACAUUAUGAUCACGCAUAAGGUUGGAUUUCGACACGAUCAGUACGAAAAAUUUCUACAAGUACUAAUAGGCUUAGAAAACCCUCCUCUAGGUACAAUUACCAUAGGAAUUGAGAAUAUUCUCAUUGAAUUUAAAUAGUUUACACAAGCAUUCCAUAGAUAUAUAGUCUAUAAACCUUCUAUUCCUACUCAAAUUAUAAAAGCAAAAAUGCUAUAGAUCUGAAACUGCGAAUCUGCCUCAUUAAGACGUGUUCGAAUGGUCCAUACCAAUGAAAAUGACGAAGUGGUCAAUAAAGUUCAAUUAAUUAUAUUUUUGAAGCACCUUCUGUUAAUAUUUUUUAACACUAAGGCAGUGAUAAAAAAAAUUGACUGAGAAUGUCAACAAAAAUGUUUCUUUCUCCCUUUUCCAAAUAGACUCUGUAAAUUAAAUAAAGUUAACUCGACAUAAAUCGAUUGACUGCUUCGCUAUAAAAUUUUCCAUCGACUGCUAAGAUAGUGGGGACCCUGGAAGAAACAAAAAGGUCAAUAACAAUCAAAGCCUAGAUUUCUUGGUUCAUUCUAUAACGAAUGUGACACCAGCAUUUCCACAAAAGUGAGGAGACCAAUAGAAUUUAUCUGAAACCAGGAAGGGAAUUAUUGCACAUGCAUGAAUUUUCCAAACUAUUCUAGGAAAAUUUUCUUCAUUCCUUCAGCAUUAAAAAAGAGCAAUAAACGAUGUCCUAUCUAAAGAGAUCUUGAGGCAAGAAAUGAACUUGUUCUUCAUCAAGAUGUUUGUAUAAAUACCGGAGUGGGAAUCCUCAGAGUGGAAUCGCUGGUUUCACCCUCGGCUUUCAAUUAAUGAAUUGACAAAAAACGAAAGUUCAAUUUAAUUUUCGUAAAUAUACGUAACCAUACUAUAUUGUUCCACUGUGAUAUGCAGGUCUUUAUGCAACCACUGCAAAGAUUAUAUAAUGGAAAAUUAAUGCCUAUAUUUAUGAGGAUAGAACUGUUUGUACAAAUGGCCAUGCCCUAUUUAUAUUAUGACAGAGUUUUCACAUGCAUCAGUUUUCUAAUGUAUUAAUGAUUAAAGUAUUUAUUUUUCUAAUAUUGCAUGAUUCUAAUACAAAAGAUUUGGAGUACCAAAUUGAUGAAAUGAGCAUCGAGAGUUAUAAUGAAAUCGGUCAAUAAUAAAUGCACUGUGUUCGAUUAAAUGAGUGCAAUAUAUACCUUAUUUUUGUUAAUAUAAGGUGUUGUAUGUCAAAUUAGUCAAUGAAUGACUCUCACCCUUUUGGCAAUUGGUCAAGACGUUUUCUUCCGUUGGGGGACUAUGAGAACUACCUCUCAAUUUCGAUUAUACAUCGAAGAAAUGUAUAACACCCAGUAUAUUAAGUCUAUACUAUUUACAAGUCUUUGGAUGUGAAAUAUUCUUACAGACGUUAGAAAACAAGGCAAAUAUUAUACGUUUGGAACGAGUUGUCAAAUAAAUCUGACAAAAAAUUAAAAAUAUUUUUCUCCACCCCCAAUUGUAGAAAAGAAAUCGAGAUAAAUUUGCAAAAAGGAAAAAUUUGGCAUGAAAUACCUUAUGGAUUUUUAAUGUGUAGAAUAAUCAAUAAAUGCAACUGGUUAGUGGGUGAAAUUAUAUACGGACGGUAACGACCGAACUAUUUAUUAAAACAUUUAUCAUUUUCAUUUUUACUACGCUGUGCAAAUACGUUGCAGUUAUUGUAUAUAUAUGUUCAAUAUCUCCAUGUAACCAAAACGAGAAAUAUACGUGUGAAAAAUAAGA